GAUUUUUUUGUCUUGAAUUACUCCUUGUCAUGCACUUUCAAUUCUCGAUUUCCUUUGAAAAUAGUAAAAAGGAAUCCACAGUAGAAGGAAAUAUCAACUUACUAAAGAAAAAAGAGACCUUGCUUUAAUCAACUAAGAGACGGAAGUGUAUAAAUCUAACAUGAGCUUCUGAAACAGAUGGGUUUAUGCUUUCAUUCAGAGACAAAGCCGUCAUUUCACAGCAAAGACUAACGAAUAUUAUUUAUCGAUACUGCCAUGGAUCUUAAUGCAAGUAGUACAGUAUCACCUAUAAGUGACAAAAUGAAAGGUGUUUGGUGCGUACUCUUUGGCAUCGAAUCGCUCCUAAUCAUUGCAUGUAACAUUAUAGCAAUUACCAUUUUCACGAAGAAAAAGUUUCGAGUCUCAAAGUCUUGCUAUUUGAUAAUCAAUCUAACGGUCGCCGAUGUUCUUGUAGGAGUUUCUGCAUUCAUUACUUCSAUGGAGAUUUGGUACUCAAAAGACAACAUAUUCACGAAUUGUUCUAAAAUAUUUCUGACUGAGCUGUCAUUGAACUUCUCAAUGUUUACACUUUUAGCUUCGCUGUUUUCUCUGGCUAUGAUGGCGCUUGAAAGGGCGUUGGCUAUUAUAAUGCCGUUCCGUUUUCGUCGAAUAAGCAACAAACAUUACUUUGUUGCCAUGUCAUUCUCGUGGUGUGUGUCUUUGUCAUUAUUUUUGCGACAUUUGGCAUGUACUUCCAGCCACAUUUUUAAUGAAAUCAUAGAAUUGUACUCUAUGGUUUUCGUGAUURCAUCAAUUUUUGUAAUCAUUAUUUCGUAUAGUGCAAUUGCCAUCAAUAGAGUUUCUGGCUCUGAAAUAAACUCUAGCAUUUCAAUGAGAAACAAUUUGAGGUUAUCCCGCACUUUGAUGCUGACAACUUUGGUGGCCCUAAUUACCUGGGUACCAUCCUACAUGAUUUUAUCCGUAUCUGGACAUGGUAAAGUUUCAAAUAACACUGGUUUUGYAAUGGUUAUGCUGAUAUACAGCAACUCUCUUGCUAAUCUUUUGGUAUAUACAGUGCGCAUGCCGCAGUUUCGUCUCGAGUUGAAAAAGAUGCUUGGCUGCAGCAAUAAAGUAGACGUGAAUAUGGUCAGCCAAACAAGCAAGACCCAAGCGAAAUUUAGUGACAGCAGAAUUUAACGCGUAUCAGACAGAUUUACUUUAUGCGCACUCGAUAGUGCAAACCGAGAAGUGGUUGGCAGAAUUCUAGAGCAGUGCUGCG